UGCUCAACAAGUUUGCUGAGCUACAAAUCUGAAAGCAUUAUUGGCCUUAUCAACUUCGUUAUAUAUAAAUUGCCGAUUUGUUUGUUGCGAAUCUUGGUCAUGGCUCAGCAUGUCUGUGAUGGUUCUGUCGCGGACAUACUACAUUUGUAGCGGUUAAAAAAUUAUAUGGGACCGCAACAGACGACGCUUCAUCCGCUGCAUCCGUUGCAGAAGAAAUUGAUAGUGAGAGUGUUCGCCAUGACUGAUGAGGCAACAAAGCAAAAAGCUAUGGGGACUGUAGCCGAAUUAUAUGGGAUUGAUUCCAUUGUUGUGGACUUAAAGGAGCAGAAAAUUACAGUUGUGGGCGAAAUGGACCCUGUCGCUCUCACAAAGAAGCUGCGUAAAUUGGGCUCUGCGGAAAUAAUUACAUAUGGGCCUGCAAAAUAAGAGGAAAUGAAUGAAUGAAAGAACAGAGAAUAUUGACGCCCCAAAUAUCUCGAGAUAAAGUUAUUGAAAAUAAUCAUUUUACUUCUAGAGUACAGUUUCAUGGGAUUCAUUUUACUUAUAGAGAAUGAUUCCAUGGAAUUGGUCUUUGAGUUGAGUUAAUAGGCAGCGAAUCGCUCUCACCCUGUGUAAGUUGUUCUCUUUGUUAAUCAAUUUUGAAGGAAUAGUGAGAUUUUGGUUUUUAUUUUUU